CUUCAGAUUUGCGGAAGGCGAAAUAUGCACAAAACAACUAAACCCAAACUGGUUAAGAUAAGAAGCGCCAACCAGGCUAGAAAAUACGGAAUUGCGGCUGUUAACCUAAAGGAGCUGAUUAAAAAAGGAUGUCAAUUACUGAAGGUAUCCAGCUCCGGUGUACUGGUCUGCUUAUACGAGGAUGGGACAGUAGUUACCGAAGAGUAUUUCCAAAAUCUUCCUAAUAACACAGAUCUAGUUCUCCUGCCCCAUGGACAGAGCUGGAAUGGGUUUGCAGAUGAAAUAAAUCGAGUGCUGGGUCUGGACAGAAACACAGAGGAGCUGCUGGUCAGUGCAGCACAGGGUCUUCUGUCAGAUGAACGUUCCCCCAAACGCCGCAGGAUCCUGGGAGACCUGCUGAGUAACCUGAGGGACCGUUCAGAGCUGGAGAACAGACUACAGGAUCAUGACUGGUUUGAAGGUAUUGAUACCCGCUUUAAAACCAAGUCUGCUUACAUGAAGUACAAUUGCGAGAGCAGAAUCCGGGGAUAUUUAAAAGAGGUUGAUGGAUAUACUCAAACUAUUCAAAAUGCCAAAACAAAAAGUGAAUAUAAGAAGGUGGCGGAGGCUUUGGCUGAGAAACUGAAGGCUGCGAGGUACAACGGCACCUAUUUUGACAGAUCAGAGAAGGACGCCAACAGACUCUGCACUGAAGAGGGCUGGUUCUCCUGCCAGGGUGCUUUUGAUGAGAACAGCUGCAAUUUUCUGCAUUCAAUAAACCCAUACGGAAACCGCGAGAGCAGAAUCCUGUUCAGCACCUGGAAUCUUGACCACCUGAUAGAAAAGAAGAGGACUGUCAUUCCUGCUCUCGCCAAGGCACUGGAGGCCAAUAAGAGCAAUGAUAUAAAUGUGGAUUAUUUUUACAAACUCUUGUUCACCAGAGAGAAUCUCAAGCUUGUUCACAUCGUCUGUCAUAAGAAAGGGGCCCAUGAGCUCAGCUGUGACUCCCGAAAAAUCUACAAACGGGUCAAGAAGACUGUAAAAUGACAUCCAUAAUCCUCUUAUGAAAUAUGCAGCUUAGUCCAAAAAGUUUCAGCUUUGGUGAAUCGUAAGCCUUCUUCAAAUUACUGAACUUCUCAGGUUUGAUCUUAUUUGAGUGCUGUGAACAAUAUUUGAAUAC